AUGGUCCAGUUGGAGUCGGCUUAUUGGGUCAUAGUGGACUCGGAAGGCACAGGCUCGCGCGUAAUCCUUCCACCGUCGAAAGCGGGUAGUAAACGCUGCUCUGUGAUACCAGCCUCACGCAGUCUCCUCCGCUCUAAGAGAGAAGUCGGACACAAGCCUUCGCUCGGAUCCAAACUCUCAACUGCCAACUUGGAAUGGGCGCGGCCAGUAGAUAGCCAAACCCGAAACCGGCCUAAUGCAAUCGACACAAUCAAUGGCGGACCUACUCAAAGGCUCAGAGCAAUGAACACUUUGAAAAAAUAUUAUAAAAGAAAAGAACCAUCUCCACCUCGAAGUGAAUCAGAUGGUAUUGACUUACCUUGGGAUCCAGCAGAUCGAAAAAGAAUAGCUGAUUAUCAUCCGAAUCAAAGAGAUGAGGUAAUUCGAAAAUACUUGAUUAGAGGACCUUGUCAACCUCGUGGACAUACUUUUAAACAAAUUCUGGUAGGAAAGACACCGAGGCGUUUUAACCCAGCUUGGUUUGAUCGAGAUAGUGCUGGUAAAUCUGUGAGAAGUGAUGCAUUUAUCACAGAUGGAUUCUGUAGGUGGAAUAAUUUCAAGAGUUUUUCAGAGCAUGUGGGAGGUGUUGAUAGUUUUCACAACAAUGCAGUUAUGAAGUGUGAAAAUUUGAUGAAACAAGAUCAAUACUUAUUGCGACAAGGAUUACCUUUCCGUGGUCAUGAUGAGUCUGAAAAAUCUGCUAACAGAGGAAAUUUUGUAGAACUUUUAAAGUACACUGCUGAUCAGAAUGAAGUUGUGAUAGUCAAAUCUAUUAUUGAGAAGACUGAUCAUGAUGUUUUUGCUUUGUUGGUGGAUGAAUCUGGUGAUGUUUCUGAUAAAGAACAAAUGGCAGUAGUGUUUAGAUUUGUUGAUAAAAGUGGGAUAGUCAAAGAGAGAUUCUUGAGUAUUACACAUGUGAGUGAGACAUCUGCAACAUCUUUGAAAUCUGUUAUUGAUGACUUGUUUGCUAAAUAUGGAUUGAGUAUUAAAAAAGUGAGAGGGCAAGAAUAUGAUGGAGCGGUGGGAGCUUCAUGCAAAAGAAAAGAUCUGAUCCGAGAGAGUCAUAGAAAAAAGAUUCAAGAAGAAAUUGAUAAAGGUGAAAGAAGUAUUGGAACGGGGUUGAAUCAAGAGAUCUCUCUUCAAAGACCAGGAAAUACCCGUUGGAAUUCUCACUACAGAACUCUUGUGCGAUUGAUUGAGUUAUUUUCUUCUAUCAUCGAGCUUCAAGAAUUUAACGACCGCUUUAAUGAGGUGAACACUGAAUUGCUUAUUUGUGUUGCUUCUCUAUCUCCCAUUGAUGCAUUUUCUGAGUUUGAUCACUCAAAGUUAUUGAGGUUAUCUAAGUUCUAUCCAGAUGACUUUAGUUCAGGGGAGUUCAUAUCUCUUGAGCAAGAAUUAUCUAUCUACAUUGAUAAUGUACGAAAUGAUGACAGAUUUUCUAAUUUGAAGAAUCUAGGGGACCUUGCUCGAUUGUUGGUGGAAACACGAAAACAUAUGUCAUAUCCUUUGGUUUACAGGCUUUUGAAGUUGGUUUUGAUUUUGCCGGUUGCUACUGCAACUGUUGAGAGAUGUUUUUCAGCCAUCGACGUAAUCGGAUUGGGGAUCAAUUUUUGA